AAUGUAACAGCGCGUAUUUUCCUCAGCAAAAAUAUUUGAACGUUACGGGGUUUUACGUUUGGUGUGGUUAGUUGGGGCCCAAAACGAAUUCCAGUGCGGAUGGCCCUUUAAGUAAUUAGACAUCGAUUCAACUGGACGAUCGAUUUGUAAUGCAGGGUGUUAUAGCCAAUCAACAACUCACACAGUUAAGUAUAUCGUUUAAAUAGCUAUAGUUGAUUAGAGUUUGUUUAUUAAUUAAGACCAGCCAGACCGGAAGACUUGCUAAGAAUCUGGGGGGAAAAUGCGGUGCAUCCGUCGCAUUAUUUUUAUACUCGACUUACCUUUAUUGGCUUAUCACCAUUUCCUUAUUUUGCUUAUUAUCCGUGAAAAUGUUCUUGCAAUCACACGAGGGUUAGUGUACCAUGGCAUCGGGUCAGAUAACCGCCCACUAUCCGUUUAGUAGUUAAUUGUUUGUUGCAGAUUUUUCCCAUAAUCGUUCACGCUAUGUCACGCUCCGUCAACUGUGACGCAUUUUUACGACAUUGUUUAAGUUUGUUUUUUUGCGAUCGAGGACAAUUUAAAUGCGGCCAAUCAAAUGACAAUGAAACAUCAUUCAACGUUCCAUCUUUAAGAAGCUAAACGAAUUCAUUCCAUUAAUGUUCGCCUUCAUUAGCUAUCUAAAUUCAACGCUUGUGUCCCUUAAAUAUCUGGAAGAUCCCGCGUGCAUGUUUCAAUUUAGGCGCUAGUCCGAAAAAUUCAAUUGCGUCCGUGAGCUAAACAAUAUGGGUAAUCUAGUAAGCAGCUUGGCGGACUCGGAUCAUUCGUGAAAGUUUUCAGCCCGUGAUUGAUUUGCCCACGUCUACGAAUGAAUCGAGUCCUCCAUUAAUUUCCAAAUUCAACAUUUCUAGAAGGUCUUUCUCCUCUACGAAUAUCCCAAAAACGCUUUACCAUCCCUUAUCAGUUUCAUGAAAGAACGUCUAUUUUUUUAACAUUGAACUGAUAAAUGGACUUGAAUUGAAGGUGCUCAUGCUGCGGGCAUAUGCAAGGUCUGGAGGCGUCCCCUCCGUGACGGCUUCAUUUCGAGUUCGCUACGCACGAUUUAGAUAGUUGUUUAUCACUCAGCUACCUGUUUUCCUUCUUCUGCCCUUUUUUUCCAUUUCACUGUAUGACCGCAAACCAUUUGUGAAAUUCUCACCCUUUUCAGAAAGCUACUGUUCAACGGGUUGAGCUUGCCUUAUGAUUUUCGUCUAGUACGACCUCGAAGCUUCCAUUCACAGGAGCGUAACUGAUUCGCGUAUUGUGCUGCUAAGAUGCGCUCAUAGCAAUUUUUCUUUUUAAAGUGCCAUCAGGGAAAUGAAACUUUAAACAGCCGUCAUUUUUUCUAAUUUGAAAAUAAUGCGAAUGCUCAAUUAUUUAAUCAUCAUGGCUUUCAGGGCUUCAAGUUCAAACUGCGCCAUUUCAAAUGAGAGGGCAAAGAAAUAAUUCCGGUUUAUUUGGCAGGGAAUGAUAUAAGCUACAUUAAAAAACUUGACUCCCUUUCUCGCGUUUGCGUUUUUUAAAUGUAAAGGCCUUCAUUAUGCAUGAAAAUGAAGGUUAAUGAACAAAAACGAUUUGAAGUUCAUUUUUUUUUACAUUGUAUGCAAAUACGUUUGUUGCAAUCGUACCUAAGUUGGAAUAUUGAUAAUGCGUAAGGAAAUGCAUAUGAGUUCCUUUUUAGGUCAUUUUUUUAACCUUUCAAACACAAACUGCCAAGCUGGGAUUUGGCGUAGUUUUUGCACAAUUCCACAAUUCCAAAUCAUUUUUCGGGGAAGAACCAUGUAAAGCUGCCGUAUAGACCAAACGGUGCAGUUGUGCGUGAAGCGGAUCAACAACUUAUUGUACCUCUAAGUUGCAAGAGAUUCAAGGUUAUCACUUGUUAUAUUUUUGUCUUAUUGAAUCACAUUUUUUUUAAAUUUUUACAUGGGCUAUGGAUUUUAAAGAGCAAAAACGAAGAAAGAAAAAAAAAGGGGGAGUUAACGUCCAUGUUUUUAUAACGACCAAAUGGCCAGCAGCGUGAACGCAGGUUUUGCGCCGGCCUUUUGCAUAAAAUGUCUGCCCAGUGUGGCAAACGAAUUAGAUCACAGUACGAAGUCGCAGCUCGCGGACACACAUUUUUUGUGUUCCUCCCGCGGAAACAAACGCUAACCAGUUAGCGUGUUAUUUCGAGAAGUGGACAUCGAGAGCAGGGCCAUGGAAGCGUUAAAUGCAGGCUUUGUUGGAGAUGAUGGCAGAACGGUGGUUAUUGAUAAUGUCCCAUCUUCUACGGUGCAAGUGACGCCCUUGAAGUCGGAAAUCGAUUACUCAUCAGCAAGGAAAAGGCCACAGAUUGGAGCUGCUCUGGCCGCUGCUUUUAGUGCUUUCCUUUUGGGUACGACGUUCGGCUGGUCGUCACCUGUCCAACCACAACUGCAACAAACGGCUCACUCUAAUGAAACCACUUUGAAAAUGACGUGGAACAUAUUCCUCGAUGAUGACCAAAUGUCCUGGGUCGGUUCACUCUUGAACAUCGGGGCACUGUUCGGAGCCUUGUGCGGAGGAUUCCUGAUGGACACGUUCGGACGUCGUUUCAUCUUAAUGACGAUGACGUCACCUUAUAUCAUCGGCUGGCUAAUGAUUACCCUUGCAAUCGAUUCAAGUAUGCUCUAUGUCGGUCGAAUUAUUGUGGGGUUUUCCGGUGGAGUCUGUUCAGCCAUUGCGCCUUGUUACAUCGGUGAAAUCUCAACCCCUACUAUGCGAGGAAUAGUUGGAUUCUUCUUUCCGCUCAAUCUUGCAUCCGGUUUACUUGUUACAAGUGUGAUGGGAUUGUGGAUGGAUUGGCGAUGGAUAUCGGUUGUUUGCACGAUCGAGCCAAUCAUUUUCUUCAUUGGCUUAAUCUUUAUUCCAGAAUCUCCGUAUUAUUUGAUUAAGAAAGGACGACAUAAUGAUGCGUACGGAGCUCUUUGUUGGCUACGAGGUUCUGAUUACAACAUCAAAUCAGAAUUGUAUCAGAUAGAAUGCCGCGUACAAGAGGAUACCGAAGAAGCUUACCAACUCUCAGAUCUCUAUCAACCAUGGUUGCUUAAACCUAUUCUGAUUGGCGUAGUUUUAAUGACACUUCAGCAAUUCUCUGGGCUCAACGCGUUGGCAUUUAAUGCGGCUGAGAUUUUCAGGAUGGCAGAUUUCAAUUUUAAUCGUCUCGUUUGCGUGGUCAUCAUCAACGCCGUACAAGUUCUAUCCGUUGUCUUUUCUUCAACGGUACUUGUCAAGAAAUUCGAACGCAGGGUACUGUUCAUCACCACAGAAGCAUUCGCUUGUCUUUCCAUGCUUUGCAUGGGUCUUUUCUUUUUUCAUAUGGACCCAUCAAAUGCUCAGACGAUGGCCCACUUCAAAUGGGUUCCUUUGGCAUCGAUGAUCGUCUUUUUCGCCGCCAUCGGUUUAGGUUUAGGAGGUUUGCCGUGGCUGAUAUCCAGCGAAAUUCUACCGCCAAGGUUUCGAGGUCCCGGUAGUUCAAUCAUUACCUUCACCAAUUUUGCAAUGUCGUUCGCAGUCACCAAGACAUUUGUGGACAUGCAGCGAGUAACGACGCACGCCGGUGUGUUUUGGUUUUACGCAGGUGUAUGUUUUAUUGGCAUUCUGUUCGGACUGUUUCUACUACCGGAAACUAAAGAUCGAACAUCGAAUCAAAUCCAAGCUGGAUUUAGAACCAAGGGCACUUGAAUAAUCUUCACGAUUAUUUGUGCAGCACGUUCUCAAAAUGGUUCCUAUCAAUAAUUAUUUGUAAAUUCAAUACAGUUGUUCUAGUGUCAAAUAAAU